AUGGAGGCAUGUAAGAGUCAAGCUACACCGCGCUCCACCUGUAGUGAGAGUUGCCUCCAUGGAUACCGAAAAGUCCUACUGGAAGGAAAACAGAAAUGCUGCUACUACUGUGCCCCCUGUGCAGAAGGCGAAAUCUCCAACCAGACUGAUAUGGGAACAUGCUUAGUGUGUCCUAACGAUCACUGGUCAAAUGGAAGAAGAGAUUCCUGCGUUCCAAGACCGAUUGAAUUCCUGUCUUAUGGAGACACACUGGGGUCAUCUCUAAUUAUUAUAAAUCUUACAUUUUGCCUUGUGACUAUAGUUGUGUUGGGGAUAUUUAUAAAAAAUAAAGAUUCUCCAAUUGUGAAAGCCAAUAACCAGAAUCUCAGUUUCAUACUUCUCCUCUCACUCAUCUUCUCAUUUUUAUGUCCUCUUUUAUUCAUUGGACAUCCAUCAGAUAUAUCAUGUCUCCUCAGACAAGUGGCUUUUGGAAUCAUUUUUAGCCUUGCGGUUUCUUCAGUCUUAGCUAAAACAGUGACUGUAGUCUUGGCUUUUCAGGCCAUUAAACCAGGCAGGACACUGAGGCAGUGGAUGAAGAGACACCUCUCCACAUCCUUACUUGUUAUAGGUUCAUCUGGAGAAGUUUUGAUCUGUGUCCUCUGGUUGUUUUAUUCUCCACCAUUCCCAGAUUAUAACACUGGAAUAGAGGUUGGAAAGAUAAUCUUACAAUGUAUUGAGGGAUCUGCCAUUGCUUUCUACUUGUCCAUCGGCUACAUUGGAUUUCUGGCAAUGAUGAGCUUUAUUGUAGCUUUCUUGGCCAGAAGACUUCCAGACACCUUCAAUGAGGCUCAGUACAUCACCUUCAGCAUGCUGGUGUUCUGCAGUGUGUGGAUCUCCUUCAUCCCGGCCUAUCUCAGCACCAAGGGGAAGUACAUGGUGGCUGUGGAAGUUUUUGCCAUCUCAUGUUCCAGUGCUGGACUUCUGGGCUGUAUCUUCAUUCCCAAAUGUUACAUUAUCCUACUGAGACCAGAACUCAACACAAAGUCCAAUAUAAGGGUCAUAAGAAGACAUUUAGUGAAGAAGUGCAGAAAGCACUUUGAAGAGCUUAAACAAGAAUACUGCAAAGACAUGAUGGAAUUGAAAAUGAUGCGUCAGCGAGUCAAUAAGAAAGAGAGGGAAAUGGAGAAAAAGUACCUUCUCAGAUUUAAACAAAUGGACGAGCUAUUAUCGAAGCUCCAAAAGUUGUCCUAG